ACAAAUAGGCUGUACUUUGUUUACGUCCCGUUGGUUAGCUGACAGCUGUUGUAGCGACUUUCCCCGCAUAAACAGCCGCGUCUGUGCGUGUCUGCCGGUUGUUCUGAGUUCCGGAAACUUUCAGAGUAGCGUCCUGGAUGUUGAGAAUGGGAUGUUUUGUUGACUGAAGGGGACCCGUUAGAUGCCGACAGGAGGAUGAACUCCAUUACCGGUCGGGUUCUCUCCAUCCCCGCCGCCUCUGUCACCACCAACUCUGGAGCUUCAUCCUCUCGAGCCUUACAUGUAGACCUCACCUCCCAGCAGAGACGAUUGCGUCAUCUCCGGAGCAUCGCAGCCAGAAACAUUGUCAACAAGAAUGGUUCCCCACUGCUGGACACAUACUUCACCCUCCACCUCUGUAUAGGAGACAGCAUAUCACGAGGAUUUUACAAGAGUGAAGUCAUACGAGACUCAUUGAAUCCCACUUGGCGCAGCCUGGACUUUGGCAUGCUGCCGGACCUUCUGGACACGUCGGUGUCAUGUUUCGUGGUGAGGAUCUGGGGAGGACAGGAGGAGCAGUAUCAGCUCCUCAUAGAAUGGAAGGUCAAUCUGGACGGCCUCCGAUACACAGGACAGCAGAUUCGAUCCAGGAAUCCAAAUGAGAUCAUAUUUGGAUUGAACGAUGGCUACUAUGCAGCUGACUUUGAUCACAAGGAUCUGUCAGAGCGUAAGAAAAACAGUCUGCUUCAGGUCGACCAGAGUUCAGUCAGGAACUCUUACAGCGUUUUCUCUUUGCUCAGGCUUCACACAGCACAGAGAGCCAUCAAGCAGAACCAGGUGACGGUGCAGAGGAUUGGGAAGGAGAUAGAGGAGAAGCUGCGGACGACGGCGGCCUGUACAGAACGGAAGAAAGAGCGGGAGUGCAUGCAGCUGCGUAGAGCCGUGCUGCGCAGCGAGCUGCAGCGGCAGAGGAAGGCGCUCGGCAGGGAGAUAGACCUGCGGCAGAAGGAGAGGGCUCAGCUUCAGAAGAAAGAGGAAGAGUUCUCCGCUCAGCACGAGAGUCUGAAGGAAGAGAGAGAAUCUUUAACCAAGCUGCAGAAAGAAUGCACCGCCAAGAGAGAGCAGUUUCUGAAGAGCAACGCCCAGCUCACCUUCCGCUGUCGUCAGCUCCUCUCCGAGCUCUCCUACAUCUACCCCAUUCAAGUGGCUAAUCAGUCAGAUUAUGUCAUCUGCGGAGUGAAGCUGCCAAACUCUGAAGACUUUCAAGCAAAGGAUGAUGGGAGUGUUGCAGUUGCCCUGGGUUACACGGCACACCUGGUCCUGAUGAUUUCAUGCUUCCUGCAGAUCCCUCUUCGAUAUCCAGUGAUCCACAAGGGCUCACGCUCCUCCAUCAAGGACACCAUCACCGACAGACUCACGGAGAAGGAGAGAGAAUUCCCCUUGUACCCGAGAGGCGAGCGGUUUCAUUUUGAAUAUGGAGUCUACUUACUCAACAAGAACAUUGCCCAGCUGAGAUACCAACAUGGCUUGACCACCCCAGACCUGCAGCAGACACUACCCAACCUGAAGAACUUCCUGGAACAUGGUCUACUGGUCCGAUGUGACCGACACCAUGUAUCUAGCUCCAUCCCAGUGCCGCCCAAGGCCCAGCUUGGCCCGUCUGCUACCUCAGAGAUUGGCUACCCAUGCCACACUAGCUCCCCAGACCGCGGCCUGAGGAAAAGGGCAAGUUCAGAGGCGGAUAAAUACAAACCAACGCCUCCACCCAGCUACAACACAGCCAUGAAUGAAGAGCCACCCGCAGUUGUCCCGGCACCAGCCUCACCUUCACACAAACACCUGUCGUCCUCCCUUGACGCCAGCAUGGCCUCACUAAAUGUGACCAAGACGACGGACAACAAUGAGGAAGAGCGCAGGGAGAAGAAGGAGCAAGAGCAGUGUGGGGAGACGGAGGCGGAGGUGGAGAGACACAGGAGCACUGGUGGAGAGGUUGAACUAGAUCAAGGAGAAGAAACUGAAGAACAGCCGUCUAGCAGUACAGGGGCACCUGGGUCCUCUACAGUGCAGGGAACUGGUGAGGAAACAGUGGCCAGUGUUCAGCACACAGGCACCAUGAACGGUUCUUUGGUACCAGGACAGGCACCGGACAGCCUGGUCUCAGAUCUGCACUGCUCUGUGGAGCAAGCUGAGGAAAUCAUGGGUACAGAGGCCACUGGCCUAGGGAUGGGGGGAGGGAUGGGGUUAGGGUUGGAAGAUGAGGCCCGGCUGGAAGACUACCACUGCAUCCCUGUGGACCAUGCAGUAGCUGUGGAAUGUGACGAACAGGUGCUGGGUGAACUGGACGUUGCCGGGUUUGAGGAGUUCUCCAGGCGUAUCUAUGCACUGAGCGAGAACAUGUCCAGCUUCCGCAGACCGCGCAAGAACUCAGAGAAGUGAGGCGGAAGACCUUUUAGGAGAGAAGGAGGGGUGGGAAAGCUUGCACACUGGGUUUGGACAAACACAAGGAAGCAUCAUAAACUGAGAGGACGGCGGGGGGGGGGGAUUACCAAUUAUUAUUCUGGAAAAAUUACCAAUUUUCACUUAUUGUAAACAUUUCCAUGGAAUCUUUUAAAAUGUAACAGACAAAAGUGGAAGUACUGGAACAGGAAGCUUGGCUUUUAUUUUUAUUUUUUUUGAUGCAAACAUGAAUAUACCAAUAUCAUUUUUUAACACUGGAUACAGAACAAUAAUUCCGGGAUUUCCUUCAUUUUUAAAAUGACCCUCCAGGAUUACAUGUAGCCUAUUGUGUUGUUCCAUACCAGGGACCAUUAGUGUAAAAUGAUUCGCAAUGAUGUGCAUCACUCACACAUACACAGCAUCCCUUCAACGCUUGAUGGUGGGCGGGUCUGAUGAAAGUCAAAGUCAAGUGUUAAUUUCAUUGACUUGCACCGCCUCUUAGAAAACGUGAUGAUUUUUCAGCUUUUGGAUCCGCAGGACGUAAAUUUUAUCGUCCACGCCAAAUUUGGCUGUGGGUGAGCACAUCUACAGAUUGGGUUCACACAACACUUUCCAGUCCACCUGGUGAGAAAUUGCUGCUACUGGGAUGGAAUGUUAGAUUGAAUAUGCAUGCAGAGAAUGUUGCAGACCCUCAUUUUAAUAUAAAGAGUGAACAUGUAUUUGGAAAUAUGAAGCAGGUCUCCACGGACAUGGAUGGCAGAAAGUAUGAUCCGGCCCUUAAUGAAGCAAAAACCCCUUAAACUGCUGUCAGUGUGUCUUCUGGCUAACAUCUUGUUUGUUGCUGCUGUUGGCAUACCCCUCCUUCCUCCCUAUGUUACCUCAUUAAAAUUUGAUUAAUGGACUAAAUCCCAGGAGCAGAAAGGACCAUCUUUUUGUGGAGUUCUGGCUCCUGACUGGAUCAAGUGUUGUGGGAUGCUCAAAAACCCUGAGACUCAAACACUCUUGAUUAGUAAUAGCUGUGAGAACAUCAAGCGUCUUAACACAAAUUCUAAUACAUUUAGCAGCUCUAACGUCAGCAAAAUAUAAUAAAAAAACUUGCUUUAAUGACUCGUAUACACACUCAAGGUCACACAACACCAAAAGUGUUUCAUCGUUGUAUUUGUGAGUUUUUUUCCUUAAUUACAGUGGACCAUCUUCUCUCACAGAGCUUGCUGUCCCAGUACUUACACUGACUCUAUAAACAAAGGUUUGGAUGCUUCCUGAGCUUGAGCGCUCCGAGCGCAUGGCAGUGAGCGCGUGCAGGUGGGAGGUCAUGUUCGCAUGCAACUGCCAUCACACAAUCAAGUCGGCGAUCUCACCAGUGACCUUUUUGAGCGCAGCAGGAUUUUGCCUUAUACAAAGUGAGGUGGGAGCUGUUCACCAGUAACCCAGUCAGAAACGUCUCCUCCUCCUCCUCCUCCUGCUCCUCAAGAGCAGCUCAACCCACUGGUUUCUGUCCACACGGGGUGGAGUUCCUCCUCAGAGAUGAAGUGAGUGGCAGGUUCGAGCUCACACAGCACAUGGCAGGGAUAGGGUGCAAUUGUUUGUCAGUCCAUCUCCAUGUGGUUUUUCUCAGUUUUAAUGUUGCCCAUGAAUAUUAACUUUAAUGAUGAUGUUAUGUCCACUGAUUCUCAUACUCGGUAGACCAAAACUUUAAUUCUUUGUCUUUGUUCUGUUGUAAUUUCUCACUCAGGCUUUACUGUAAGUGUUAGUAAAAAAAAAAGAAAAAAAAAGUGUCUCAAUGCCACUGUCUGUGAUUUUGUCCGGUCUCCCUGUCCUCAUUGCUUUCAUGCACUGAUAUUCAAAUAAUGCAUUAUUUAUGUCUCUCGGAAAGCUUUAUUUUCCACCAUUUCACAGGGCGUCACUCGCUGAUGUUGCGCAGUUGUCAUAACUGGUGUGUGUGUGUGGGUCCAGAUGUGGACAGCUGCAUUGCGUCACCUGCCAUGACAAAGAUGGACUCUCCACGGGCAGCCCAUUCUUCCGUGUCUCAGAUCCACUACUGUGGUUGCUGACUGUUGAGUAUUGUAUUUAAAAACGUAAAGAUGACACAUGUUACAUCAUUUCCAUAAACUGCUCUACAGUUCAGUAAGUGACCAUGUACAUAUACUUUUGUAUGGAGUUUUUUUUUUUCCUUUUUUGGGGUUAUUAAAGACUUGCAGUCUGAUGGCAUGGAUGCAUCUAACCCCCUU